ACAGACAUAGGCAGGCAGGUGAGUUUUUUGUUCAACACGGUCUGUGCUCAGGAACCCAUUCUUGCCAAAUAUCUGGACCCCUCACAAGACAGCAAUGUCACGUUGCCGCAACAGGGCCCUGGUGGUCUCGGUGGAGGCCUUUCAGCCCGGAGUGGAUUUGGGUAAGAGGAAUGGAGCUAAACGGGACACCAAGAGGCUCCACAGAGUCCUGACCCGGCUGGGCUUCCGAGUGGAAUUUCACACAGAUCCUGAUGCAGAGGAAAUCUACCGGCUGUUUCAAGAAGCGAGUGAGGACCCAACUGGGGAAUGUUUUGUGGGGGUCCUGUCCAGCCACGGGGAGGAGGGGGUAGUGUUUGGGGCGGACGGGAACACUGUGAGGCUGGCACGGAUCUUCAGCUGGUUCGGGGGCCCCGCCAUGGUCAGGAAGACGAAGCUUUUCUUCAUACAGGCCUGUCGCGGGUCCGAGCUCGACAGCGGGGUGUUGAUAGAGCCAGACUCUGCCCCAGCGUUGGAAGAGGAAGCGGACAACCUCCCUCACUACCUCUCCAUUCCCAUCGACACAGCCGUCAUGUUCGCCACACCCCCAGGUUACGGUGCCUUCUUGCAGCUGACGGGCUCGGUCUUCCUCCAGACUCUGUGCGACCUCCUGGAGGAGGAAGGGGGGCAGAACCUGGAGGUCACGCAGCUCAUGACGCGCAUCAAUUUCCGCGUGGCGUACCAGUUCCAGGCCCAGGGCCGCGAACUCGCGGGGAAGAAGGAAAUGCCCUGUUUUGUCACCCGCCUCACCCACCUGGCUUUCCCCUUCUCUGGCACCGGCAGGGCUGACUGGAGCCAGGUAACUACGUAAUCAUGCUUC